AUGUUCGCGAGCAGGCCGGCGGUGCACCCGGUGGAGGCGCCGCCGCCGACGGAUCCGGUGGAGCAGCCCACGGGGGUGCUCAUGAAGGACCUGCCCGGGAUGCCCGGCACGGCCGGCGGCCUCGCGCUCCGCCUCGCGCAGUUCGCCUUCGCCGGAGUCGCCCUCGGCGUCAUGGCCUCCACCAACGACUUCCCCUCCGUCAGCGCCUUCUGCUAUCUUGUUGCAGCAACCAUAUUGCAAUGCCUAUGGAGCUUCUCGCUUGGGAUUGUUGAUAUCUAUGCAUUGCUUGUUAAGCGUUGUCUAAGGAACCGCCGCGCUGUUUGCCUGUUCGCAAUUGGAGAUGGGAUCACGGCAGCACUCAUCUUCGGCGCAGCAUGCUCGUCGGCAGGCAUCACGGUCCUGAUCGACAACGACCUGAACAUCUGUGCCGAGAACCACUGUGGCAGCUUCGAGACCGCGACGGCGAUGGCAUUCAUGAGCUGGUUUGCUCUCACGCCCUCCUUCCUGCUGAACUUCUGGUCGAUGGCUUCCCGAUGA